AUGAAGUCUGUGAAUGAUAAUAGCGAUGGCAGCAAUAACAGUAACUGGCUGGGUUUUUCUCUCUCACCCAUGAAUAUGGAGGGUUCUGCUGCUUCAGAUCCUCAUCCUCAUCAUCAGUUCAAUCAUCACACUGAAGCUCCUCCUACCACUGCAGUUCCAUCAAGCAACUUCUAUCUUUCACCUCUUCACCUAAAUACUUCAACAAUCUGUUACGGAGGAGGUGAAAUGGGUGGUUUUCACCCUCCUUUGUCAGUAAUGCCUCUUAAAUCUGAUGGUUCACUUUGCAUUAUGGAAGCAUUCUCUAGAUCUCACUCACAAGCUAUGGUACCAAAUUCCUCUCCUAAACUGGAAGAUUUCUUGGGUGGUGCAACAAUGGCUACUCAUGACUACGGGAGUCAGAGAGAAACGAUGGCUUUAAGCCUAGACAGCAUAUUCUACAACCAAGAGUCCAUUAGGCAGCAGCAACACCAUCAGUAUUAUUCUGAACUACAGUGCAAUGAGCAGCAGGUAAAUGGUUGUAUGGUUGAAGUUAGGGGUGCUUCAGGCUCUAAUGCUUGUGGUGGUGGGGGUGCAAUGGGCUAUGGGGAUUUGCAGUCUUUGAGUUUGUCCAUGAGUCCUAAUUCUCAGUCUAGUUGUGUCACUGCUCCAAGGCAAAUCUCACCCACUGAGACUCACUGUAUAGCCUUGGGAACCAAGAAGAGGGGAUCUGAAAAAGUUGCACAAAAGCAAACUGUUCAUCGGAAAUCUAUUGACACAUUUGGUCAAAGAACUUCUCAGUAUAGGGGUGUAACUAGACAUAGGUGGACCGGUAGGUAUGAAGCUCAUCUGUGGGAUAACAGUUGCAAGAAGGAGGGGCAGACUAGAAAAGGGAGGCAAGUUUAUCUGGGUGGUUAUGAUAUGGAAGAGAAGGCUGCAAGAGCAUAUGAUCUUGCUGCCCUCAAGUACUGGGGACCCUCAACGCAUAUUAAUUUCCCGUUGGAGAACUACAGGCAAGAACUUGAGGGGAUGAAGAACAUGAGUAGACAGGAAUACGUAGCACACUUGAGAAGGAAAAGUAGUGGAUUUUCAAGGGGAGCUUCAUUGUACAGAGGAGUAACGAGGCAUCAUCAGCACGGCCGAUGGCAAGCUCGGAUUGGCCGGGUCGCCGGGAACAAGGACCUCUAUCUUGGAACUUUUAGCACUCAAGAGGAAGCAGCUGAAGCUUAUGAUAUUGCUGCAAUCAAGUUCCGGGGCGUAAAUGCUGUGACAAACUUUGACAUAUCAAGAUAUGACGUAGAGAAAAUUAUUGCGAGCAGUACUCUGCCUACUGCAGAGCUAGCAAGGCGAAAUAAAGAGAGGGAGCCUCAGCCUGAGGCCAUCGAAUAUAACACAGUAGCACAGAAACCGGAGGGAUUUUCUCUACUGGAGAAUGUCCCUGAUUGGAAAAUGGUGCUAUAUCAAUCCCCCAGGCAUCAACAAAAUGAUCCUUCAUUGGAAUUAAUGAAUGAGAAAACAAUGCAUUCAGGAAAUUAUCAAAACCCUUCUUUCUCAGCUGGGCUGCAGGAUCUGAUUGGAAUCGACACGUCUAACAUAAACCAGUCGGUUAUGGAUGAACCUAUCAAUCCUGGAACACAGCACUUCUCGAACCCAUCGUCUUUGGUUACCAGCUUGAGCAGCUCAAGGGAAGCAAGUCCAGAUAAAACAGGUGCUUCCAUCCUCUUUGCAAAGCCUACCUCCUCUACCUCGACUUACAUUAAUACCUGGAUGCACACUAAUACCCAACUGAGGCCUCUUCCACUUUCAAUUGCUCAGUUGCCAGCUUUUGCUGCCUGGAACGACACUUAA